AUGUCGGCAGUGAUUGAUUAUCGAGGACAGGCUUUAGCUGAAAGUAUCUACAGGUACACGCUCUUUACAUCGGCUAUUGUUGGAUUGUUAGUUGGAUUUUACUUUCAGAAAUUUUCAUUUGGUUUUUAUAUCUUUGCGAUUGGAACCUUAUUAGUGUUGGUUCUGACUGUUCCUCCGUGGCCAUUCUACCGAAGAAAUCCAGUGGUUUGGCGAACAGACAUACCCAACGAUAGCUCGGAAGAAGAAGAGCAAAGCAAGAAAGUCAAAUCAUACUGA